UUGAAAUCUUGAAUUCUCUCCAUCUUCUUCUUGAUAAAUGGCCUGAUUUACGGGUCUCUAUCUGUCCUGCUAGUUUUCGACAAGGAGGCUUUUCUACUGCUAGUUUGAUGGCGAACCCUGCUCAUAGUUCGUCUCUGAUUGCCUUCAUUUGAGCGGAUAUUUAACUCCACAGCUGAAACACGUCUUUAUCCGAAAAUGCAUGUGGGCUUGGUGUAUUUUUGAGAAACCCGAUAUUAGCUGUGUAGAGUUGGGUAAAGUCUAAUUCUGGAUAUUUUGCUCUGAAGCUGGGCAAUUUUAGGUGCCGAGACUGUGGAUUCAAAAUCUUGAAGUAUGGAAUGCCAGAUACUAUUAAGUACUGGAGUGCGACCAUUCUUAGCAAGAUGGAACUCAAACAAAGGUCUCAAGAAGUUGGUGAGGCUGAAUCAAGCUUCUAUUCGGGAAAACGCAGCAAAUAAAAUAUCCUGGAAAUUACGUUGUACGCCAGCUAGUUUGGAAGAGGAAUUUUCAGCAUUGCAGUCACAGGAGUUUACAGAGGAUGAUGAGACUGACGUGGAAGACUUGUCUGAUGAAGCUUCUUCAAAACCUUUGAGUAGUGAGGAGUUGAAGGCAUUGCUUCUUGAUUCUGAAAGAUCAAAGAUCAUCAAGAAACUUAGUGAUGCUAAUCAGUACAAUCGAGUUCUGAAACGACAGUUGCAAAGCAAGGAGGAUUCGUUGGUUAAUUUUAAAAGUGAACUUGCUGUUCUGGAGCUGGAGAUUCAGGCAUUGGUCAGUUUAGCUGAAGAAAUUGCUAAUUAUGAAAUUCCAGAAGGUUCGAGGAAGAUACGUGGGAGGUACAUUCAGUCUCACCUCCUUUCAAGGCUAGAAGCUGUACAAGAAAAAUUGAGGGAACAGACAAAGGAUGUGGAUGCUGCUCAAUCCAAAGAGGUUCCUUUAUAUUGGUAUGGAGUGGCAGAGAGUGUACAAGUAAUGGGUUCCUUUGAUGGAUGGAGUCAAGGUGAGCACCUAUCACCAGAGUACACUGGUUCUUACACGAAAUUCUCCACGACAUUGAUGCUGAGACCUGGAAGGUAUGAAAUUAAAUUCUUGGUUGAUGGAGAAUGGAACUUGUCGCCAGAAUUCCCUACUAUUGGUGAAGGGUUGAUGCAAAACAACUUGUUAAUCGUGGAAUAGCUUCAAUUUGCCGACUUGGCCGUAUUAGAUGUGUUAAGUGCGAAACUCUUUUGCCUAGAAAAUUGUAAUCAAAUGAUCUUCUUAGAAAUCUUACUCUAUUUGCUUCACCAAACUGCGGAUGCAAAAUGCCUCUGGACUCCAUUUGCUUGGUGUCAUAUGUUUCCUUUUGGCUUAGCUCAGGAAAAGAAGAAUAAUAAUACUGGCAAACUAAGGAACAACGGCAAAAGAAAAAUAGGAAGAAGGCCAUUUUUAGAAAAAUAACUCUGAAGUUGUUUUUCAGAACUGUGAUUUCCCUAUCUUGGGAAUAGUAAUAAAGACGACGCUAUUUCUUUAAUUUGUAGUAUA